CAGAAUAAAUCAUGGCAGAAGCUUAGAACCAUUGUGAACAUUCCUGUUAUCAGUCCGUUUAAGAGGCGCUGGGUGCAGCUUGCUGGUCAUAACGGGAGCUUCAAAGCGGCAGCGGGGGGAACCAUUUUAAAACGUUAUUCUGAAAAUGAGAAGAAUUGCUUUGAGCUGCUAAUGAAGGACAUUCUGGCCUCCUGUGUUCCCACCUAUCACGGAGUAACGGAGAGGGAUGACGAAAGUUACAUUCAGUUAGAUGACCUUCUCAACAACUUUGAUGAGCCAUGUGUUAUGGACUGUAAAAUGGGUAUCAGGACAUAUUUGGAAGAGGAGUUGACGAAAGCCCGUGGAAAGCCAAAACUAAGAAAGGAUAUGUAUAAGAAAAUGAUUGAGGUGGAUCCUCAUGCCCCCACAGAGGAGGAGAAGGCCCAGCAAGGUGUGACUAAACCCCGAUACAUGCAGUGGAGAGAGACCAUCAGUUCAACGUCCACUUUGGGCUUUCGGAUUGAAGGAAUAAAGAAAGGUGAUGGGACAUGCAACACAAACUUCAAGACCACGAAAUCAAGAGACCAAAUUCAUAAAGCUUUUCUUGAAUUUAUUGAUGACAACAAAGUUAUACCGCAAAAAUAUCUGAAUCGACUGCAGGAGAUCAGAGCAAUUGUAGAGUCUUCAGAUUUCUUCAAACAUCAUGAGGUGAUUGGAAGCUCCUUGCUGUUUGUACAUGACAAGAAAGGAAAGUGUAAUGUAUGGCUGAUUGAUUUUGGAAAAACAACACUCCUGCCAGAAGGCCAAACCCUGAACCACCGUAUACCUUGGCAAGAAGGAAACCGGGAAGAUGGAUACCUUUAUGGAUUUGACAAUUUAAUCAAUAUUUUGUCGAGCCUUGCAUCCUGA